GCUGUCUGAAAAGUCAAAGUUGAUUUUGUGGUUAGGAUGCAGUGUUUGUGCAAUAGUUCGUAAUUAUUUUUUCAUUAUUAAUAGCAAAAAUAAUGGCGUUUUUGGUCAAGAAUUUACUUUCUGCGGCGCGCAAGCCUUGCCUUGUCAGUAACCUAACAUACACAUUUCGUGCCCUAAACAUUACACCUCGUCUUGUGCAACAACAAAAAGCCUCUUUGGUGAAUACUCUUGCUGUAGCAAACACAAAUGAAAAGAUUGCAGAGGUCGAACAGAAAGAAUGUCAAGAUGUCUUCAAUAAAGUAAACACACAACUUGCAGCCGAAAAGGAAGGAAGGUUAUUCGCUAUUGUGCAUUUGUGUGGCAAGCAGUUUAAAAUCACAGCGGGAGACAUUAUUCUUGUGGAAGGUUAUUGGCCACCAACGAUUGGAGACCAAAUUCGCUUGGAAAAAGUACUUCUGGCAGGUGCGAAGGACUUUACAUUAAUCGGUCGGCCACUGCUUCCUCAGGGUUUGGUAAACGUGAACGCCACCAUUAUUGAGAAAACGUUAACGCACACAAAGACACAUUUUAAGAAGAAGCGCAGGAAGCAAUAUAUGCGUAUUAACUUCCAGCGUUCUCCAAACACAAUGAUUCGUAUAAAUUCAAUUGAAAUUGAGAAAAAUGUAAAUGAACAAACACAAAUUAUAAGCGAGCCACGUAUUUUUUAGUUAAAACAUCAAUAAAGUAGUUACGAAAUAUUUGGUU